GGAGUAUAAUCCUGCUUUUAAGGCUGUCUGCUGCGUCUUCCUACUCCUCCAGCAUUGCGCAACUAGUCACCGGGGCAGACGCCUCCGCGAUACAGUGACUUCCUCUUAUCGCUCUUGUCUUGACCGGAGAUUCCGGGCUUUUCGGCGCUGAAGACCGACUGCGGCGUUGAUCUAAAGUCUUGCCUCCCCCGCUAUCUGUCUCCCCAGAACUCUCACCGGCGGCAAAUUCUCCAGCACCAUCCAGCAUGGCUGCCAAAAAUAUGCCUUUCCCGCUAUCGGUGCGCAUUCAACAUGAUAGCGACUCCCAGAUGCCGCUUCAUCUAGUGGUGCCCGGGUUGACUCCUCCAGUAACCCCAACGGUGGAGGAUGAUGACAGUCUGUCAGGCAGUGUUGCCACCAUUUAUUCCGGCAGCUCCAGUCCGUUUCUGUCUCCAGUUGAAGGCAACUUCAAAGAUGUUCCUGUGGAGGACCGGGCCGUGUCCACCUUUGACUCGUUCACAGAUGAGUUAGAGUACCACUGUGACGCUAGAGGCCGUCCCCUUGAGUUUGGUCGCGGGGUCUGGAGUGUGGUCUACAAAGCCUCGCCUUGUCAGCCUUCGAACGCUUAUCCGCUCACGCCUCCCAGCUCUCCAGCUGUCAAGGCCCACACCGUGGCGGUCAAAUCCCCCGCAAGGCGGGAUGCCAACUCGGUGUUGGAUGCGGAAGCGCUGGCACUGACGCGAGUCAGCCGCGUGGCCGGGUCUGAGAACCAUGUCGUUCCCUUCCAGGGGUAUAUCGCGGACUCCCACUCAAUCGUCAUGUCCGCGGUCCCGUUGGCGCUCUCGACGUAUAUCGAAGAGAAGGCCGCCACGGCCCUGAAGAAUCGGACCACCAGGACCAUGUUCGAGCCCAUCCAAGGCAUGGCCCAGUGGCACGAUCUUGCCAAGAAGCUCAUCACUGGACUGUCCUGGCUCCACGACGGGCCCCGGAUGGUGCACGGUGACAUCAAGCCGCACAACAUCUUGCUACGUGCACGUUCCAGCAGCGACGAUGCGGAAUCUGACCACUUCCCCUACGAGCCGCUGUUCGCCGACUUUUCCUCGGCUCAUCCCAUCGCCAGUGCCUCCUCUCCCGAAGAGAGCAUGGGGACAGCGCUGACAGCCCUAACACCACCAUUUACAGCCCCCGAGCUGUUGUCCGUCUCAUCCUUAACGUCCCCGGAUGUAGCGCCCACCCCCGAAUCCGACGUCUUCUCUCUCGCCGUUACUCUCCUGGCUGCCGCUACGGGUGACUUGCUUCUGUAUCCGGGGACCAGCCACAUCCAACGACUAGCGAUGGCCCGUGAAGGCCACCGCGUGAUUGAGUUUGCCCGCUCCGGGCCGAACGGAUCGCGCGUCCCUCGCAACGGGAUCGUCGAGCAGAUCAUCAAACCGGCCAUUGCCAAAGACCCAAGCCAGCGCAUCAAGCCGGAUGAGUGGGUGACGCUCGUCCAGUCUAUCGCGAUCUAACUUGGAGCUGCGCGGUUGCCAUUCGUUAUCAUCCUGUCUGCUUAUCUCAGACUAUCUCCUUUUAAUCUUCUCUUAUCUUUUGACUUGCUUACUCUUUUUAACUUUCCUUACCCCCACUUACUAAUUUGCCAGGCACCGUCUGCUGCUCAUGUCCUCUUUCUCUUUGUUUCCCUUUCUCCCUUUGUUAUUUUUAUUCUAUAUGAACCUUAAAGAUACCCGUUAGAUAGAUGUGCAAACGAAACCAGAUACAGUGAAUUGAUUGAUUAUUUUGGUUUGGAUUGGGUUACAUCUGACCAUGUGGAAAAUA